CCGACGUGAGCCAACUCGACGGCAGUUAGGUGUACAGGUCUGUGUGUUUUUCGAGGGCUCUUUGUGGAGACUUCUGAACACUGUUUUUGUUGACAUAAACUUGAAAAUGGUUGGCUUUUUGUGGUUAUCGUGUGUUGUUGGUGCGAAGAGGGCUGGGAUUACGUUACAGGAGAAGUGGUAGAGGUCCAUAACUAAACAGAUGAUGGCGUUCUCAGGUCACAAUCCUCACCUGUUUAAGUGGAGGAGGCUCAGCAGGAGUGCAACAUCUGGAGACAAGGUGCAUGUGAAGAAUGGUGACAUUGAUCAGUGGAGGAAGCGCGUGGAAAUGGCUUCUGAGUUCGCUGUGUCUAAAGUUUUCCCCCACAAGAAACCUCACUCGGGAUCCAACAACCUAUCUGUACCAUUGCAAAGCUCUGACCAGCUAAGAGAUCAUGAUGACGCUUACAGUGAAGCUCAGGCUCUUCUCGGGGAUUGGCUGGGCAGCAAGUUGCGUCUGGAGCUGGAGAUGGACGAAGAAGAUGACCUGAUGUGCUCCGCUGAGAGGACGAGCCCCGUUGCAUUGGCUAAUCCUCAGCCUGCUGCCCUGAACUACAGCAACUUUGAUGAUCUGUACAACCGCCUGGCUGAGGAGGAAGAGCACAGCGCUGUUAACAGCUUCCUGCAAGACCUAAUGGAGCAAGAGGUGUUAGACUCUGGGGUGAUGGAGGAACUGGCGCUGGAUGUUGGACAAACAAGGAGGAAGCUCAGAGACCCAGUUGUCACGAUGGAAGCACGACACCUGCAGGUGCGGGAGAACAGGUCCAGGCGGGAAGCAGAGAGACAUAGACAACAGAGAGAGAAAGAGGGUCAGCGGGUUGCCAGAGAGGAGGCAAAGAGGAGAGACCAAGGGGAGGUGGCGAGGAAGAGGCAGGAGGCACAGAGGCAGGAGAAGAUGGUGCAACAGGAGAUGGUGAGACUGCGACGUCAGAUGGAGGAGAGGAGAAACCUGGAACGACUGGUUCGACAGAGGGAGAGGGAGACGGAGGAAGGGCAGAAGGCAGCCAGAAGCCUCCAGUCAGCUCCUCCACUUCUUACAAAACAACAGCAGCAGGACACAGCGGCAUUAUAUAAAGAACAGAAAAUCCAAACCAUGGUUCAUAUGCGUAACCUCAAGUGUUUGCAGAGGCAUUUCUCAGGAUGGUAUUUAGUCGUGUUGGCCCGAAGGCUACGUUUGGGUAAGGCCAUGGCCCUGUGUGACUGGAAGAGGCAGCUGAGAGCUUGGCGAGCAUGGCGGGCAGUGGUGUGGGCAGAACAAAGGCAGCAAGAGAUGACAAAAACAGAGCAGGAGCUACGGACUGAAAACAGACUAAGCCAGGUGGCUGUGGAGAGCGACCGAAGGCGGUUGCUACGGCGGUAUCUGAGUGAGUGGCAGCUAUGGUGUCGGACGGAGAAAGAACAACGAGAGCUUUUGGCCCAGCAGCAGGAGACCAGGCGCAAGAUGGCUGCCUUAAUCAACGCUGCAUCAACGGGCAAACUCAAGACCACCGAAGCCUCAAUGUAUCAACCAGUAAUGGCCACACCUGAGGCACCUGACCAAUCAGCGAGCACGGAGAAGGAAGAUCACCACAGGUCAGGCACUUUAGCCUCCAACACCUCUGCAGCACAUAAGAUCAAGACCCCUGUGGGCACGGUGACACAGCCCACUCAGCCAUGGCAGGUGACCCGACAUCAUGCAGCACCGACUGCCACCGAGGUCCACGAGGCCCGGCACAGAGGCGAGGGCGUUGGCUCCACCUGUCCAAAAAGGGCGACGUCGUCAGGCAGCAGGUUUGAGAACAGACACGCCGUCCAGCAGCAGAUCAUCGCGGAGCAGAGGAAGCUGAUGAAGGAGCAGCAAGAGCAAAUAGCACAACUGAAGGAGGAGCAGAGCAUGAAGGAGCUGGAGCUGGAAAUGGAGAAAACUGCACAGCUCACCCAGCUUUCAGUGCUACGAGGCUCAAGGCCAAAGAGUCACAAGUUUGACCCCGCAGAGCAGAGGGCACAAAGAGUUACCGGAGAACCUGACAGUCUCUGUAAACCUCCGAAGAAAGCUGAGGCACGGCAGACGUCCCCCCAUCCAAUCAUCACGGCCAUGGAGGCCCGUGCACGUCAGCGCGCAGAGCGAAAGAAGGAAAUUGAGGAAAUCAAGAGAAAGAAGGAAGAGAAAAAGCUGGCUGACAUGAAAGCUGCUGAGGAGCAGAGGCAACGGGAGGAGGAAGAGGAGAAACGCCAAGCAGCAGAAAAGAAGAAGGAGGAGAAAAGGUUGGAAAGAAAGAGGGAAGAGGAAAAACAGAGGGAGGUGAAAAGGCAGCAGGAGCUCCUGAAGCUGGCCAGUCAACACUACCACAAAAACUUGCUGCUACGUCGAGGUCUGGCGCCGUGGAUACGCCUCAUUCAGCUCAGACAAGCCAACAUGCAGCUGGCUGAGAGUCACCACAAUCUCUUCCUCCUGAGGCGGUGCACACUAGGCUGGCAGCAAUCAGCAAGUGAGUCCCUGUCUGAGAAAAGAGCUUCUGCAGACCAACUGUACCAGCACUUUUUGCUUCGGAGGAGCUUAAGCUGCUGGAAAAGACUUAAGGACUGGCGGACGAUUCAAGAGGAGAGAGCCAAGCAUCUCUAUCGCAAUCACACUCUGAGGAGGUUUCUGCUGGCAAUGUUGGACCAUGUGACCCAGGAGAGGCUGAUGGAGUGGGACCGUGAGGUGUUGGCUCAGGAGCACAAUAACAGAUGGGUACUGCGGCAAUGUUUCCUGGCCUGGAGGCAGCUUCCAUGUCUGCUGCGCAAGGAAAGAGAGAAGGAGGAGCGGCGGGAAAAGCUGGGGCGGAAAGUGGCAGCGGUCCUGCCUGAUUUCUACUCCUAUCCACUGUAAAGCCUCUAGGAGAAACUGUCACUG